AUGUCACAACCUGAGUACGACUAUGCGCGCCGGCCGUCGCAGGCUGAAAACCAGACCAUCCAGAAAUCUGAAAUCCCGUUGAAGGAGCGGUUCUUCCGCUACUUCCAGCAUGAGAUUACUGGUAUGAUUAUAGCUCCUGGACUGUAUCCUGUAGCUCUCCAAGAACAAAUGGACCGCCUGGCAGAUACGUCUCUGAUCGGCGGAGAACGCACCGAUGCCACCGAUCAUUGUCUAGCUGGAAUCGCGCGGUUAUCCAACGAGGUCAAGGAUGCAGCGAGCUACAUUCCAACAUAUGACCAGCGAGUGUAUGCAGAGGCAAUCAAAGCGCUCCAGGACAAGCUGGCUGAGACUAGAGCGGCAGUGGAGCCUCGUCCGAAGUUCAGCUUCAAGACCAAGAAAAAUGCCUCGGCUGUCUCCUUGAAUGACGCUGCUCAGCUUGCUAUGGAACGCCGUCGUCGCAUACCAGGAUAUCUCUCCCCCGGCGCAUCCUCCGUCAGUUCGUCGGAAGGCCAAACCCCCAACUACCCGUCGACGCCGUUGAAUGAGCCCAACCUCAUUCUUCAACCUCGGGCGGAGUUCGCCCCUACCUCUGUCCCGGCGAUUUCUGUGGACAAGCCCGACAUGCUAUCAAAGGAGGAAGAAAUGAGCUCUGCCUUUGCCGCGACGUCCGUGUCGUCCGUGUCGGUGAACAAUCACUUUGGUCUUCACAUCAUGCUACCAGCAUCCGGAUCCACCGCUACCGUCCCUGCGUCCAUCACGUCUCUUCGCCACUGCGUAGUGGACAUGUCCAUACCGACGGCCAACGGAAAGCCCUACGCUAGUCUGACGGCCAAGAACAUCAAAGAAAGUCUUUUGAUCUGCGGCCAAAUCAAUGGCCCGGCUCAUGUCACAGGCGUCGAGGACAGCAUCAUCGUCGUGACAUCUCGCCAAUUCCGCAUGCACAACUGCUCCAACGUUGAUGUCUACCUCAGCUCCUCGAGCAACCCGGUGAUCGAAGACUGCAAGAAUGUUCGCUUCGGCAGGAUUCCGAGAGCCUAUGCUUUGGACCACGACCGCCCUGAUACCGAGGACCGCUGGAAUCAAGUCGAGGAUUUCAAAUGGAUCAAGCCCGAGCCCAGUCCCAACUGGAGCUUGCUGAGUGGCGACGAUGCGGUCCCGGAGGAAGUGUGGGCAGAAAUUGUCCCCGGUGGCCCUGGCUGGUCCUUGGAAGAUAUCCUUCGCGCCACUAAUAUAAUGAAAGUAUGA